AUGAGUGCACCAACUUACGGACCGGGUCCUCGUCCGUCCGGGGAUCUCGACAGGAAAGGGUCAGUCAAGCACGCCAGACAGUUGCUUGAGGCUGGCGUGCGUCCAGAACGAGCAUCGCCAUCCAACCAGAUGAGACAGUCACCUCUGCCUAGAGACAUUUCUCACCGGACACAAUGGCCUCUGCCUGACUCAGGCUUACCGCCAAAUCCAAUCAACCACCAUCCAAGGUAUUUGCUCCCGCAAGGACCUCCUCCACAAAGACCGCCACAUCCAAGUGAGAUGCCUUCGCGCCAGAGCCAAAUUCCCUCACCGUCAAUCUAUUCAGAACGGGAUGGCCAGGACUCAGAAGCAAGCUCAAACAUUACAUCACGGCCUCCCCGAUCAUUUUCACAGCUGCAGCGGCCUCCGCCGUUGCAACCUCGGCGGCCCUUGAAGGCCGAGCCCCCCGUUAGUCCCACUAGUACAGUCGACAUGACUCCUCGCAUCUCGAUUGCCACCGAUGACUUGUUCAGACAAUCGACCGCCUCCUCGACGGCUUCAAUUCCAGAUGUGCCACCAUUCCCUCCUCCAAUCCCACCGCUUGAACCCCAUGUUUCCCAAGAUCCUUUCCAACGGACAGCAGGUCUGGUCGCACCUCCAAAUGCUCGACGACCCCCUCGAGCUCAAUCGUCCGUGGCUCCCAUUCCGGAGGAUAUUCCCGAUCCCCGUUUCACCAAGGGCUCUUUCGCAUCCAGCCGAGCGAUCCCGUCUAGUUGGGGCUCUGGCCCUCCGGAAUCAGAGAUCCUGGGUGCAUACCUUGACAUAGAAUCAGACGAUGACGAGCCUCACCCAAGUCCCAAAGAGGAAAAUGCAACCCUUGUCCGAAGUGCUAGUCUUGGAAAGCGUGGGAAGCCAACAAUGCGCACGAUCCUCAAGUCCAAUCCUGCGUCUGUUGUUUCUAUUCCAGACGCACCACCCACCCCAAACGAGCACUCAAACAAGGCUGCAGUUGUAGGCGCAGCCGCUGGUGUGGGAGCGGGAGCUGCCGCCAACCAAAUGCUCUAUCCACCAAGCAAUCUACGAAAGGCGUCUACAUCUACCGCAUCGAGUGACUCUUUGAACGGCAUUGACCCGGAAAAACCACCCUUUACCCAGCGCGAACAACACAAUUCUUCCUACAGUGCUGCUCUACAGAAGGAGAUUGAGGUCUUCGGUGGGGAUCUGCCUAGAGCUGCACCUACUAUGAGCGAUAAGAGACCCGGAGGUCGCAAGCCUCCUGCUCUGAACAUGGGUGCGUUGCGGGACGCAGAGGCUCGUGGAAGUCUUUCAAGCUUGUCUGAUUUGAUUCGUCGUGCUACGAAGCUUGCGUCGAACUUGGACCAUGGGAGGACUGCCAGCCGGGCUGACUUGGCUGCAGGUGGUGAGGCAGGAUUUAAGUCUGCGAUGGGAAAUGGUGAAAAGCGCCGCCGCAACUCUGGCUCCCUGUCAGAUAUGCUCGCGUCCUUCCCUCCACCAGGCCUACAGACUCCCGAAGGCCGUGGAUCCUGGCCUAUCUUCUUCGGCCGCUCAAACCUGCGUAACGUCGAGCAACUCAAUUCCAACGACGACGAGCCAAACGCCCCCAACCGCAAGAAGACCUGCUGCGGAAUGUCCCGCAAGGUCUUCGUGAUUCUCUGCAUCAUCAUCUUCAUCAUCGUCAUCCUUGCAGUUCUUCUGCCAGUCUUCCUUAUCGCCGUCCCUCGCGAAAAGGCGAACAAAGACGCAGCCUGUGCAAACAGAAACCCCUGCAAGAAUGGAGGCAUUAGUGUCUCGAGUGGCAGCGAAUGCUCAUGCGUCUGCUCGAAUGGCUAUACCGGCUCGCAAUGCACCGUUGAGAAUGACGGUAGCUGUACCACUCACGCCAUCCUGAGCGGCGCUUCGACCAAGAAUGCAACCAUGGGCAGUUCACUCGCGAAUUUGUUCGAUGAGUCUAAGAAGAAGUUCGAUAUCACUCUCGACGCCUACACUAUCAUGGCCCUUUUCAGCAUGAACAAUAUAUCAUGCAAGACGGAGAAUGCGCUAGUUGCUUUCAGUGAUGUUCAGACUACCAACAGUACCAGCAACAGCAACAGCCGUCGUUCUCUCGACAUGCUAGCAGACUCAAUCCCAUCCGAAAAGAACCACGCUUCUUCUUCUAUCGUGACUUCCGGCCCAACACCCGUCCUCGCAUCUCGCGCCGAAGCUACUGUCAACGGUAUCUUGUACGACGACGCAGCAACAAGCAAGUCAGCCACCAAACCAGACCAUGCACCCGAUUCCACGGCCACCGGUACAGCCACCAAGAUCAAUUUCCAGCCCUCUUCAACCGCCGAGGUGUCUGCUGCCGCAUCUACUGCGACUGCGACGGCUGUUCCUUCAGAAGUGGUUGAGUUCUCCCAGGUUGCUGUGCUGUACAUUCUGCAGAAGACUGGGUCGCUUCAUUCGGCUAUGGCCUCUGGGGAUCAUAUCCAGGGAUACCUAAUUGAUUCUUAUACGAAUGCCACCCAUCCUUCGAUGAAGGAGGGUGCGUUUACUCUGGACUUUAAGAAUUUGACCAUCACACUCCCUAACAGUACGGUGACGGCGCAGUGA